AAAAACAAUGAAAAUACACUAGAACAAGCUUACGAGGGAUCAUAUUUUGCCUAUGUGGAUGACACUUCUUUCAAUGUAGGAAAUACAUCAGUUCUUGGUUCAAAUAGAUUAUUUCCAGCUAAGAAGUGGUGCCUACGGUUUCGUUACUUCAGCUACAGCGCAGACUCCACUGCGGCCCUUAACGUGGUGACGUACAAUAAUGUUACAAAAGAAGUGAAGUAUCAUAUCAAUAUCACCCGUUCUGAUUUUGAGGAAUGGAAAUACGCAGAAGAAAACAUAAAGAUAGAGAAUGAUUUUUUACUUGGUUUUCUAGCUAGAACAGGGAAUCGAAGGUCAAUUUUUGCUAUAGAUGAUGUUACUCUGAUUGCAGGCUCAUGCGAGAAAUCGACAACAAAACUGCUUCAUAUGAAAGGGGAAAUGAAAUGUAACUUUGAGGGAGGAGUGGAUACAUGCUUUGACCAAGACACAUCUGAUGACUUUGACUGGACCAUUACAAGGGAAGGUCAAACAAGUACAUCUAACACAGGCCCUAGCAGUAAUAUUGAAGGAAACUAUUUCAGUUAUAUUGAAGCUCAUGGACCUGGAAGAAAUGAUGUAGCACGCUUGAUAUCAAAAUUUGUUUUGGAAAACGUCAACAUAACACUCAGCAUGUGGUAUAAUAUGUAUGGACGUGACGUCGAAACUCUGAAGGUUUUUCUCAGAAAUGAAGCACAAGAGGAACUCAUUAUAUUUCAAAGAUCUGGAGAUAAAGGGAAAUCAUGGAUCUUUAUAAAUCUAACAUUAAUAAUAGAAGGAAGGUGGCAG